AUGGCCGUCGACUCGAUCCUCCAGGGAAUCCGCAACCUGCUCCACACCUCGGCCGCCCGCUCGCCGACCGACCCGCGGCCACGGCCUGGUCCAAACGAUCCCUCGCCCGUGCUGCCGUUGGUAUCGACACCCGGCUCAGCAUCCGGCUCGACACAGGCGCUGUCGACACCGAUCUCCGGCCCCGGAUCCCAGCGCCAGUCUCGAUCGACGCCGAGUCUGGCGGUCCGCCCCAGAGCCAGCUCCACCGCCAACCCCUCCACCGGCAUCAAGGCCAGCAUCAAGGCCAGCAUCAAAGCCAGCAUCAAGGCUGGUCUCGGAUCCAAGCCCGGUGCCAGUGCCGAUGCCAGUGCCAGUGCCGAUGCCAGUGCCGAGAGACGACGCCGAAAGCUGCUCCGGGACGAGCUGCAGAACACCCCACCCCUGUCGCAGCCAGCCUCGGUCGUCAAGAUCAAGGGUCUCUUCAUCCACGGCCACAUCGACCGGGGUCUUGCCCUGGCCAUCGCCCGCUUCGAGCGGGACUUUGGCUUCCCAAACUCGGCAAAGUCCCGAGCCGAGGUGCUGCCGGUGGUGCUGCAGUAUGCGGUGCGGAGCAGGCUCUCGCGGCAGGACCAAAAGACCUUCCAGGUCCCCGAGCGGCCGCGGUCGUAUGCAACAUAUGUGCGGCAGCUCAAGGAGGACGGGUGGAAGGGCUUUGGGGCCAAGGGGCUGUCGCUCAAGUCGAUGCGAAACGAGAGCGAGCGGGACCCGGUCUCCAAGUCGAUCAUCAACGGUGUCAAGGUCUCGCAUGUUCGCACCACAUCGGGCCGCUAUGCCGUGCUGGAUGACGGUGUGAAUCCGCCGUACAAGCUUCGCCCAAGAAUGCCGACACUGUCGACUAGCAGCGGCUCAGACAGUGAUGAUAUCGACAGCAGCGAGACCGAGGGCGAUGCUCAAAACAACAGCAACCAGACCGAAGGGAGCCAGAGCAGCAACAGCAGCAGUAGCAGUAGUCUCAGCACCACCCAUUCGGAUUCUGAGUCUCCACCAGCAAGUGCUCCCCAUGGAAUCGAUGUCCUUCUCACGCCAUCGCUGCAGGAUCCCACAGGCGACCACGGACAGCAUCCCCUCAAACUGCCGCCCGGGGUUGUCAAACAAUCGUCCCUCCAGCCGCACCCACCACCGUCGCCGCAGAGCGGAUCUUGGAUUCCAUCUUCUCGUCACAGCCUGGACCAUCAUACCUAUAUUGACCGACAGCGAGACGGGCAUUCCCCAGCGAUCUCGCUUGGAGCUCAUUCCGACCCGAACUUGUCCAUAAAAACGAAUUCGGAAGGCUCCUUCCCACGAUCCAGCGACUCACGCUCCAUCGACUCUCUCGUCGCCUCUCGGAUUGCCGGAACUCCACCUAUCCCGCGCACAAUGAGGAAGCUGCCGGUGAUUGAAAAGCUCAUUGCCAUGGGCCACCACUCCAAGACACGCCGACCCGAUUCGGUGUACUCUGUUGGCUCAAACGGAUCAUCAAACUCACGAUCAUCUUCUAGUUCGGCCAAUGGUUCGGGGCAAACCUCGGGCUCGGACUCAAGCUCGAGUCUCAAACAUGGUGCCGGCCUGGAUUUCACAGAGGACAAAGUCGGUCCAGGCGGCGACGGACAAAAGGUGUGUAUUGCUGUGUUGGCUGCCGUGAUCACAAAGGAUGAGCACGGACGAUGA